UCGUCACAGCUAGCUCGCUCGAUCACCUCAUCACCUGAGCGAUGGCUUCCAAGAUCCAUGCCCUAAGCCUCCUCCCCUUGCUCGCCGCCGUCGUUGUCCACGCAGGCUGCGCACCCAGCUGUCCCGCCGGUGAGCCGCCGGCUGCGCCCGUCGUUGCCACAGCACCGCCGCCGCCGUGCGACAACGGUGGCCACGGCCGCUGCCCGAUCGACGCGCUGCGGCUGAGGGUGUGCGCCAACGUGCUCAACGGGCUCAUCGGCGUCAAGAUCGGCGGCGGCCCCGAGGAGUGCUGCUCGCUGCUGUCGGGGAUCGCCGACCUCGACGCCGCCGUCUGCCUCUGCACCGCCGUGAAGGCCAACGUGCUCGGCCUCGUCAACCUCGACCUGCCCAUCGACCUCAGCCUCAUCCUCAACAAGUGCAGCAAGAACUACCCAUCCGGAUUCACCUGCUAA